AUGGACCCGGUACGACUGAUGCAUGAGUUGUAUCCGGAGUUGGAAAUCUUGGUUACAGAGUGCUUGGCAACGAAUAACGCAUUCGGAAACUUGAGAAGGACGAAGACGAAUGUGAAUAGUCAGCGACGUCAACGAGUUCGUGUGGUGGCCAAGUACAAGGGUCGUCUACUGAACGGGGAGGGCUUCAAUCUCCGAACCGCUAAGUUGAAAAUCGCUCAACAAUUGGGUAUUGGGGAGUUGCUUCGUGCAAGCAACAAUUUUACCGACUACAAUUUUAGAACGUACUUUACUCGUCGUAUCAAGGAAGAAUUCAGAAAACACGAGCAUAGCAAAUCUUCAGAGGAACAGGAUAAAUUUAUAGCUGAAGCCGAGAAGAUUCUUGGCAUUCUCCAAAGGCAGUCAGCGUUGAGCAAUUUUUAUCGAGGUCUUAAGUUGCCCAUUGAAUAG